AAAAGAAUAAAUUAUUUUGUAAUUAGAAAGUAAAUAGCAACCAAUCCCUCACCGGAAUUCUCCACCAAUCACAACCAGAGGGCAGCUUCCCAUUUUCCACCGCCGUAGGAAAGACACACACUCACACAGUACGCCCAACCCCGUGAGCUGAUGGCAGCGGCGGCGGCGGCGAGUAGCUUAUUCAGCAUAUCGUCCUCUUCUCUCUCCUUUCGCCGAACUCCAUUUCUAUAUUCACUCCCCACUCAUCACUCUUUUCCUUCUCUUCCCAAAAUCAAGAGAGGAGGUCGGGAACAUAGGCAUAUUUUUGUUCAAGUGAAUUCCGUGCCGGAGGAGGACCGCAGUAAACUGACUGCCGAAUCCGAUUCCGAAACUUCGCCGGAAUCUUCUUCCUCUCCUUCUGCUGCUGCUAUUACCGGCGGUGAUGGUGGCAAUGGUACGCGGUUUGCAGCGUAUAAGUGGUGGUGUGUGGGUCUUGGAGGAAUCGGAUUGUUGGAGACGGCGUAUUUGACAUACCUUAAGCUCACCAAUUCGGAUGCCUUUUGCCCCAUGGGAGGCGGCUCUUGCACCACCAUCCUCACCAGUGCCUACUCAUCCGUUUUCGGCAUUCCUCUUCCAUUGUUUGGCAUGCUCGCAUACGGGUUAGUCGCGACCCUUGGUCUGCAAUCGGAAGCAAAGAGAAGUUCAUCGGGAACUGGGAAAACUGAUGGUGAAAUUAUAUUAGUUGGAAUAACUACCUCUAUGGCAGUUGCUAGCGCGUAUUUCUUGUACAUUCUGAGAACCGAAUUUGGUGGAGAAUUGUGUUUAUAUUGUUUGGCAUCGGUGGCAUUGUCCUUCAGCUUGUUCUUCAUCACUCUAAAGAGAUUUGGGGCAAAUGAACUUCGGGAAUUCUUGGGAUUGCAGCUAUUCGUAGCUAGCUUUGUCGUUAUUGCACUGACGACAUCUUAUAAUGAUGCCCGAUCAGUCUCCUCAGGCAUGACUGAGACUGAAAUACCAUAUUUUGAAACGGAGAUCACAAAGGAGUCGAAUCCUUUGGCCGUUUCUCUUGCGAAACAUCUACAUUCAAUCGGAGCAAAAUUAUAUGGGGCUUUUUGGUGUUCACAUUGUCUGGAUCAGAAAGAGAUUUUUGGGAGGGAAGCAGCGAAAAUGUUGGAUUAUGUGGAGUGCUUCCCUGACGGAGUAAGCAAAGAUAUUAAAAUGGCUCAAAUCUGUUCAGAUGCUAAACUUGAAGGUUUUCCGACAUGGGAAAUAAACGGCCAGGUUUUGAGUGGAGAGAAGCAGUUAUCAGAGCUUGCUACAUUAUCGGGUUUCAAACUUGACGAGUCAAGUCCAUCAAACUAACUAAGAUGUCAUUUUCACCAUCUUUUUCUUGCGGUUUUGUUUGCAAGACGAGAUUUUCUCGUUUCAAUAUUCCUUAGCAUCUAGCAUAGUACCUAAUAUCUCAAUAGCUAGCCAUAUAUAAAGUACACGUCUAGCGUUACUAUUACCUUCUGUAAAUGUUUCUAUGGAAACAGAUCUCCUGUACUGCCUGAUAUCUUCCGGUUCUUGCGUAGAGUUAAGAAACGGAACUAAGUUGUUUCAGGUAAUUUUAUGGAUGGUUGUUAAAUGAAUCAUCUUGAUAGUAUUUGUAAAGUGACAACAUCAAUCAUGUGCCAAAUAUAUAUAACUUACAGGUGAAAUAGCAUCUUGGUUGUUAAUUUUU